AUGCGACGCGCGGUGACGCCUCGCGCGGUGCGCCGGGAACGACGCGUGGGUUCCGUUGAUGGUGCGCGAGGGAUCUCGGUGCGCGCGCACGCGCGGUCGCGCCGUGGAAGGCGGGAUCGCGGGAGAGGCGAUGACGAUGAUUUCAAACGGGAGCUGAACGUCGAGCCAGAGGCGUGGCUCGAACGCGACGAAACGAAUGGGAAGCGCGGUGAGAAUGGAGUGAACGGGAAGUUGCAGGGGGGUGAUGCGAGCGCGAGUGGGGAGAAGAAGACGAAGACGGUUGAGGCGGAUCUCGUUGAAGACGUCUCGGAGGAGGCACAGGAAGAGGACGUGCAGGAUUUCGUCGAGAGCGUCGUCAUGAGCGAGAGCGAAGAGACCUUCGCGCUGCAGAAGAAGCGCAUGCAGCUCAUCAUCGAAGAGAAGGAAUGGGAGUUGGAGUCGCCGAACACGAGCGAAGAUGACAAGAUGUACAAGCUCGUGGAGUAUGUCAACGCGGUCGAGGCAUUCAAAGAGCUGUGCUCGAACGAGGUCCCCAACACCGUCGGGGACUUGCUCGGACAGUACGUCACGGUGCAUCAUCUCGAUAUCGGUGCGCCAGGUUACGACGAGGCCAUGGCAUUCCUUGGUCUGGACGAAGAGGACGAGGAUGAGGAGCUCGACGUCGAGUCGCUCAAGCGACUCGCUCGAAUGCAAGUUGAGUACGCCAUGGACAACGACGACGACGAUAGUGACGAUGAGGACGAUGGAGAGGAUUUCACAGUAGAGUUUCAUUUUGAAAACGAAGAUAUCGAGCCGCUUCGGGGGUUACACUGCGCUCAGGACGUCGAGGGCAACUGGCGCUGGCUCGAGGACGACGAAGGAAGAGUGCUUCCCGCGUUGCCCUUCGGUGACUUCAACACCAAGCUCAUGGGGGUCGAGUACAUGAUCAAGGCUGGAUUGAAUGUAAACUCGCUGCACGAAGAAAUCGACCCGAUUGAGUUGCUGAGCUUCGAGGGCUGCAAGACGUGGGAGGAGACACUCCGAGUCAUGCAGGAGGCGCAGGAGGCGCUCAAGCACCUGGAGGAAACGGGCUGGAAGGUGGAUACGAGGAGCUGGUCCAGCGAACAGGAGCGCCUCAUCGUCGUCAAGGAACUAUCCCCGCUUCGCACGAUGUCUGCAGCCGUCAUUGAAGCCGCAAACGAAGAUGACCAAGAGCAAGAUGAAAACUAA